GGAGGUGAUCUGGCUCCAAUUCCAUCAUCACCCCAGCCCAAACCAAAGACAGCACCUGUUCCUCCGGUACCAGCAGGAAGCAAAUCAUCCCCACAAUCACAGCAGAGUUCCCCAAAGAUGGAUCCUGCCUCCAAACAGAGUAUCCCCAAGGCACCUGAGUCUAAAAAGCCACCACCACUAGUGAAACAACCAACCCUUCAUGGUUCUCCCCCAGCCAAGUCCAAGCAGCCUCCUGAGGCAGAGUCUUCAUCCAAGUCAGCCCCUCCCAAAGAGCCUUCUGUCUCAUCUGAACAGGUCAAGGUCUCUGUUGCUGACGAUAAACCAAAGCAGCCCAAGCCAGUAAAGCCACCCACAGACAUUGAAUCCUCAUCAUCAGUAACAACAAAACCGGAUAUUCCAAGCUUCGAAGUAUAGCCACAGCCUCAAGAGAAAAUAACUCCUCUGCUGAAAACAGACUCUGCCAAACCCUCACAAAGUUUUCCACCAACAGGAGAAAACGACAUCCCAUUUGAUUCUAAAGCCAUACCUCGACCAGCAUCAGAUUCAAAAAUUAUUUCACAUCCUGGGCCUAGUUCAGAGAGCAAAGGUCAAAAACAAAGUGAUCCAGUUCAAAAGAAAGAACCUAAGAAAGCACAAACCAAAAUGACUCCUAAACCAGAUGCCAAGCCAAUGCCAAAAGGGUCACCAACACUCCCUGACCCACGAUGUACCACUACCCCCACAUCUCAAACUACCCCCACAUCUCAACAACCCCCAAAGCCUCAGGAGCAGUCAAGACAUUUCAGUCUGAAUCUGGGAAGUAUUACUGAUGCCCCUAAAUCACAGCCUACAACUCCUCAAGAAAUUGUGACUGCGAAACUCUUUGGGUUUGGAACAUCAGUCUUCAGCCAGGCAUCAAAUUUAGUUUCCACGGCAGGCCAGCCUGGACCUCAGUCACAAAGUGGGCCAGGAGCCCCAACAAAACAA